AUGUUGACUAUCAUUUUGCGGUCGUCCUCCGUGCACCUGCCUGUCUUUCGAACAUUCCAAUAUGACAAAUCCAACAUCACCACCAUCACCACAUUACUGGCCGGCAUUGCUGGUUUGAUCCUCGUAGCCCUAUCAUUUUCCAGCUCAAGAGCCCCAAAGUUGGCACCUGGAGUCUAUGUCGUGGGUGGCGACGAUGAGAAGAGCAUCCGGGUCAGCCGUGAGAGGUUCCGACAAAAUGCCAAGGAAAUGCUGGCUGAAGGCUAUGAGAAGACUGGCGGAGGCCUCUCAUACAUCCCGAGUCCGUUGGGAGAGCGGUUGAUGAUCCCUCUCAAGCACUUAGAUGAGCUGAAAACAGCCCCUAUAGAUCAUGUUGACUUUGUUGCCACGUUUAUUGAAAUGUUCGAGGGUAAAUACACCACCAUGGGUAGUCGAUCGACCUUGCACCCGCGAGUCGUUAAGGCCCAACUGAAUCACCACUUGGGGGAUGUCAUGCCUGCAGUCCAGGAGGAAAUCAUUGAUGCCUUUCGUGACACAUUCCCCAGUUACUGGACGCCGGUGCCUGUGGUUCACACAUUAACGCAGAUUGUGGCGAGAGUGUCCAGCCGCAUGUUCGGAGGCACGGCCUUAUCACACAACGACGAAUGGGUCCAGUCUUCCAUCAAAUUUGCUAUCGAUGGCUUCAUAGGUGCCCAGACGAUCAAGAAGUAUCCGGAAUACCUUAAGCCAUUGGUUGCUCGUUUUGUUCCCGAGAUCCGCAACAUUGCCAACCAUUACGCGGCCGCAGAAGCCGCAGCCAUUCCAUUGCUAGAGGCUCGCCGGCGCACAGGGGAGAGGGAAAUGGAUUUACUUUAUUGGAUGGCAGAGCAGGCCAAGGACGAGGAAUGUGACCCCAAGUUUCUCGCUAGCAUUUUGCUCAAGAUCAGCUUUGCUGCCAUACAUACUAGCGCCGCGGCGCCGGCUCAGCUCAUUUACGACUUGUGUGAGCACCCCGAGUUCAUCGAUCCACUCCGACAAGAAGCCGAAAGUGUCGUCAAUGCCGACGGCUUGAUGGACAAGUUGAGUUUCCUCAGGAUGUUCAAGAUGGACAGUUUCAUGAAAGAAAGCCAAAGAUUCAACCCUCUGCUGCUGAUCACUUUCGAACGUGUUGUUCAUAAACCAUGGACUCUGUCUUCAGGUUUUACCAUCCCAGCGGGUACGACGAUUGGGGUGCCAACCCAAGCCAUCACCAUGGACCCUAAACUGUACCCCAAUCCCGAAGUGUUCGAUCCUUUCCGGUUCUCGAAGCUUCGCGAAGAACAUCGCGAACUAGACGGCCGCGCACAUACGACAUGCGGUUUUCCGAGGGCCAGACGCGGCCCGAGAGCUUGCGUGUCGAGACUCAGUCCUUACCACACCCCACGGCGACCGUGGAAUUCAGAAGGAGGGCGAAGUAGGCAUUUCUGA